CUGAAGUUUAGUGAUACAUUGGAGGACAAAUACAAAGACAGAUUGUUGAAAAAACGACAGAUAGAUGCAAACAACGCCGUUGCCAAGGCAUUAGCUGAGGAACGUGAAGGACGCAAAAAUUUAAAUAAAGCUCGAGUAGAUGAUAAUAAUAAGAUACAUAAUGAUAAAAUGGAAGCGUUGAGGGAACAGAAUAAGCUACUUAGAGGGCAAAUUAAAAAAAACAAAGAAAAGACGCCACCAAAAGAAACAAAAAAUGAGUACAAAGAUAAAGCAAAAGAGAUUAAAAAGAAAACCGAACAAUGCAAUACAGAAGGGGAUUUUAUAGAAAAUAUAGAGAAAGGAGAAGUUGUUAAUGUACUUUUGAAAGCUCGGAAAGAAGCUGGAAAGUUUUCUGGUUAUGUAGCUACUGCCGGUUGUUUUAAACUUGGUCCAUUCGCGUUUUUAUGCGGUGUUGCUGCAGAUCUUGUUGAAGAAAAAGUUGUCUACCCUUUGGUUGAAAAGGCUUGUAAGAAAAUUUUUGGAUGA